CGGGCCAGAUCCCCCGCCUCAGCAAUAUUGAAGUUGCAUCCGCAGAGUGCGCCUGCGCAGCUAAGAGCGCCGCAGGUGAGCGCCUCCGGCCAGGCGGAGCUGCGGCGGGAGCUGGGACUGGAGGAAGGGACCCCAUGCAGAAACCCUGUGGAGAAGGGAGAACGAGAACGUCCGCCCUGAGCUCUGCCAGCCUUGAGGUUUUUGAGACAUGAAUCCUUCACUCUUCCUGGCUGCCUUUUGCUUGGGAAUAGUCUCAGCUACUCCAAAACUUGAUCAAAAUUUAGAUACACAGUGGUACCAGUGGAAGGCUACACAUAGGAGACUGUAUGGCACGAAUGAAGAAGGUUGGAGGAGAGCAGUGUGGGAGAAGAAUAUGAAAAUGAUUGAACUGCACAAUGGGGAAUACAGCCAAGGGAAACAUGGCUUCACCAUGGCAAUGAACGCCUUUGGUGACAUGACCAAUGAAGAAUUCAGGCAGGUGAUGAAUGGCUUUCAGAACCAGAAGCAUAGGAAGGGGAAAGUGUUCCAAGAGCCUCUGUUUCAUGAGGUCCCUAAAUCUGUGGACUGGAGAGAGAAAGGCUAUGUGACUCCCGUGAAGAAUCAGGGUCGGUGUGGUUCUUGUUGGGCUUUUAGUGCGACUGGUGCUCUUGAAGGACAGAUGUUCAGGAAAACUGGCAAAAUUGUCUCACUGAGUGAGCAGAACCUGGUGGACUGCUCUCAGCCUCAAGGCAAUCAUGGCUGCGAUGGUGGCCUGAUGGACUACGCCUUUCAGUAUAUUAAGGAGAACGGAGGCCUGGACUCUGAAAACUCCUAUCCAUAUGUGGCAAGGGAUGAAGUCUGUAAAUACAAGGCUGAGAAUUCUGUUGCUAACGACACUGGUUUCGUGGAUGUCCCUGUUCGGGAGAAGGCUCUGAUGAAGGCAGUGGCUAUUGUGGGGCCCAUUUCUGUUGCUGUUGAUGCAGGCCACGUGUCCUUCCAGUUCUAUAAAUCAGGCAUUUAUUAUGAACCAGACUGUAGCAGCAAAGACCUGGAUCACGGUGUCCUGGUGGUUGGCUAUGGUUUUGAAGGAACAGAUUCAAAUAACAAUAAAUACUGGCUUGUCAAGAACAGCUGGGGUCCAGAGUGGGGCUGGAACGGCUAUGUAAAAAUCGCCAAAGACAGAGACAACCACUGUGGAAUCGCCACAGCAGCCAGCUAUCCCACUGUGUGAGCCGAUGGACGGUGAUGAGCAAGCACUUAAGGAUAGCGUGUCUGGGGAAUUUUAUCUUAAAACUGACCGAACCCUUAUUGUGGAAGAUAAAACACUUGAAUCGUUGUGGAUCCAAGUUGUGAUUUGAAUUCUGCGACAUUUUUACAAGGGUAAAAUGUUACCACUACUUUAAUUACUGUUAUAAACAGCUUUAUGAUAUCAAGACUCAUUGCUUAAUUCUAAGACUUUUGAAUUUUCACUUUUUAAAAAGAUGUAUAAAACUUUACCUUUUAAAAUAAAUUUUAAUUCGUUAU